GUUUUCUCACAAAGAUUGGAUUAGGCUCUGCUCAACUUCAAGAUUGUCAGCAUAAUAUGUCAUGUCGACAGCUGCUCGUCUGCCCGAACUUGUGCUUAUUUAAAUGACUCCCUUGGAGCUUGAAUCCCAACUUGGGGUCUUGGCCACGCAGACUUCGCCAUGUAGAAACCUUGCGGUCAUGUCCGUGGGAGCCUGGGAACGUAUACGGCGGCGUCCAAGAUCCCCAGUACAACGCUCUGUCCUAUGCCUGGGGGAGAUGGGUUCUGGACGACACGCAACGGCCCGAGGUACAGAGCCUGGGCGUCUCCGGAAGAGCAUGGAGAAUCCCUCGAGUCGAUCCCGACCAUUUCUAAGUCGACGCAUCCCAUCACGCAAUUCGACAAGCGACUAGACUCUACGGUCGGAAUAAGGUGUCGGGCAUGACUGUGGCCCUGGCCGAUGACGAUACUCGCUCCGUGGGCUUCAUAUGGGUCGACGUUGUCUGCAUCGACCGGAGGUUCAACACCGAGUCGAUGCUCGAGAUCUUGCUGAUCAAAGAAACCCGCCUAUUGGAGUCCAAAGGUGACUCUUACGUUGUUCCUGAAAAUUUCCAGCCGUCGAUGCUCAAGCUUCUCGGGAUCGAUCACGGCCGGAAGGCUUUUUACUCGUUGGCUGUAGUGAUUGGCGAAUUCGAGGACCUUCGACUUUACCUCGAACGCCUGAGCAGGAUGCGAACGACACGGCUCACCGCGUUCGACCGCGCAUGCGACGAGACGCUGGACCUUCUCAACCGUACCGGUUUCACGGCUCUGUCCUUUCACAGCCCGAUGGAGCUCUACCCGGCGGCCGUGUACCGCCAGCCAUCCAACAAGCUGGACAGUAUCUAUGGCAUCAUGCAGGUGUUUGGGUUCCGCCUGGGUCAGUCGGACCCGAGCGCGCAGCCGGGAUACAAGCCCACUCUGCCGGAGCUCGAGGACCAGCUCGGCAUCGCCCUGAUGGAGCUGUGUCCAACCCUCAGCCAGUGCUUCAGGCAGGUCGUCGUCCCGCGGGCCACGGGAAAGAACUGGCGAGUCGGCCCGCUGUCGGCCAUGCCCGGGUAUUCGCUGACGGCGGCCAUGGAUUGGGAGCCUGAGCUGUACCAGACGGAAUGCGUGCUGUCCACCGAGUGUAUCGGCGACGUUAUAUGGGGGCGUUUCCAAGGCAAGGUCUGUUCCUUCGCGACCCUUCGGACGGCCUGGCCACGGGCACCUAUCCAUGGAGAGGCGGUGACAGGAGAUGAUCCCGGCUCAUAUUCCUAUAUUUCCGUCAUCGUAGACUACGCGCCUGAUAUGUUUCCCGGGUGGCCAAACGCGUCGGAUUAUGAAUCUCGUCAAGGCGCUAGCCAGUACAGAGUUGCGGACCAGCUGGCGGACCAAUUCAGCGAAGAAAAGCUCAAGGUUCUUCAUCUAGGCUUCAUCGACACGUCAGAGUUAUCCGAAUCGCAUUAUGGAUUGGUCCUCUUGCAAGAAAACGAAGGCAAUAUGACAUACUGGCGACGUCUGGGCAUAUGUACCUGGGAUGCGCUGAAAAGGAAAAAGGAACGCGUGGAAGCUGUCGUGGACUUACUUGGGAAGAUUGGACUGGGCGGGAGGCUUUCUGGGACGGGUAGUAUCUACCAUGGACUGGUGCCUAAGUACGAUUGCAACACGAUGCAACAUGUCCAGAAGCACUGGGCCGAUUUAACCGUCACAACGACUCAUGGCAGAAUACUGGCGAGAAUGAACGACGGUGCGCAGCUGGUCGGGGUCACAGAUGACGAAAUCGAUGCACAUGGGGGUGCCGAAGGCUAA